AUGGAACUUGACAUCGUACCAUACGGUUCAUAUUCCACAGAUCACCAGAACCUUUAUCAAGAGUGGUUCAAUUAUGCAGAUGAAGAUGGGGAUGGUCGUUUCACGGGGAAUGAAGCCAUCAAAUUUUUUGCCAUGUCAAACUUGUCUCGGCAAGAACUCAAGCAGGUGUGGGCCAUUGCAGAUUCAAAACGAGAAGGAUAUCUUGGUUUCAAAGACUUUGUCAUCGCUAUGCAGCUCAUUUCUUUGGGACAAUCUGGGCGCCCAAUAUCACAUGAUAUGCUGAGUAGAGAUGUUUUACAAUUUUCAAAACCACCUAGAAUGGAAGGUUUGGAUGCAUUACUUGCAAAGAAAAGGCAUAAACAGAAAGAUAAACAUUUGAAUGUUAGUCCUCAGCCAUCACCCUCAAGUAAUUGGUUUGAUUCAAAGUCAGUAAAAAAGGUGCCUGCUUCCUCAGUGACAUCAGUUAUAGAUGGUUUGAAGAGACUUUACCUUCAGAAGUUGAAGCCUUUAGAAGUUACUUACCGCUUUAAUGAUUUUGUAUCUCCUCUCCUGACAAAUAGUGAUUUUGAUGCCAAACCUAUGGUUUUGCUUUUGGGUCAAUACUCAACUGGGAAAACAACAUUUAUUAGACAUAUGCUUAAAUCCAAUUAUCCAGGAGCUCAUAUUGGACCAGAGCCAACAACUGAUAGGUUUGUUGUUGUCAUGUCUGGUCCUGAUGAGAGAAGUAUUCCCGGCAAUACCGUUGCUGUCCAAGCAGACAUGCCAUUUGGUGGUCUCACAUCUUUUGGCACAGCAUUUUUGUCCAAGUUUGAGUGUUCUCAAAUGCCUCAUCCUCUUCUGGAGCAUAUCACAUUUGUAGACAGCCCUGGAGUUUUAUCUGGAGAAAAGCAAAGGACACAAAGACAAUAUGAUUUUACAGGAGUAACAUCUUGGUUUGCUGCUAAGUGUGAUCUAAUACUCCUUCUGUUUGAUCCGCACAAACUUGAUGUCAGUGAUGAAUUCAAGCGUGUAAUUGCAUCUCUUCGGGGACAUGAUGACAAAAUUCGAGUGGUUUUAAACAAAGCAGACCAAGUUGAUACACAACAACUAAUGAGGAUUUAUGGUGCAUUAAUGUGGUCACUUGGAAAGGUGUUGAAUGUUCCUGAGGUCUCACGGGUGUACAUUGGCUCCUUCAACGACAAGCCUCUAAACGAUGACGUCAAUGGUCCUCUUGGUAAUGAACUCUUUGAAAAAGAACAGGAUGACCUUCUUUCAGAUCUGAAAGAUAUACCAAAGAAGGCUUGUGAUAGAAAAAUCAAUGAAUUUGUUAAACGAGCCAGAGCUGCCAAGAUACAUGCUUAUAUUAUUAGUCAUCUUAAGAAGCAGAUGCCUGCUAUGAUUGGCAAAUCUAAAGCUCAGAAAAAGCUCAUUGAUAAUAUGGAAACUGAAUUUGCAAAGGUACAAAGGGAGUUCCAUCUACCACCUGGUGACUUCCCUAAUGUUGAGCACUUCAAAGAGACCUUGAGUGGUUACAACUUUGACAAGUUUGAGAAAUUGAAACCAAGAAUGAUACAAGCAGUGGAUGACAUGCUUGCUCAUGAUAUUCCUAACCUUUUGAAGACUUUUAGGAAUCCCUAUGGCUAA